CAAGGGAGCCAGAUCAGAUGAUUUUACCGGUAUGGAUAUUGUAUCAUCAUCACUGCAGCGACAGAUUAUUGACGAUGGAAAAAUUCCACCGCCUCGCUCCACAUGCAGAGAAGCUGCCACACAACUGCCCGAGUGUCUACGAAGUAAUGUGGUGUUGAAUGAAACAGUCAAACAAUUAUGGACACAUGCUGUUGCUAAUACAACAAGAUCUUUGUAUAAUAUAGGUUUUUCUCACUUUGUUAGAUUUUUGUUGCUAAAUGGUAUUACAUAUAAUUCACACGAUCUACCUCUUAUAUCAGAGGACGUUCUCAUUUACUUUAUAGCACAUUGUUUUAAAGUUUUGAAACUCAAACACACUACUAUGAAAAUUUAUUUAUGUGGUAUAAGACAUGCAUAUUUGAAGUCAGGAUAUCAUUAUCCUCUAGAAACGCCUCAUGGCGAAUUUUUACCAAGACUCACUCUGAUUUUAAAAUCUGUUAAACGCAUACAAGGCUCACAAACUAGAACCAGGUUACCGAUUACUUUUCCAAUUUUACAGGAAAUCUGCCUAAGAAUGAGAAAAGGCGUGUUUGAUAAAUAUAUUGAUUGUUUGAUAGAAACAACUUGCAUAGUUGCGUUUUUCGCCUUUUUGAGAUGUGGAGAAUUUACCGUCAUGAAUGUUGAUAAGUUUGACCCUCUAACUAGCUUAUGCAUAUCUGAUAUUAUUUUAAAGACUGAUUAUGCUAUUCUGAGACUUAACGAAUCUAAAACUGAUCCAUUCCGAAAGGGAAUAGAUAUUAAACUGUUUAAGAUAGAUAACUCUAUUUGCCCUUUUUUGGCUUUAAAAAGAUAUUUAAGUAUUAGACAUUCUGAAUUUGGAAUUGGAUGUCCAUCUGACCCGCUUUUUAUAACAGGUAAUAGAGAAGCUUUAACCAGACAAUUUUUUCUAGUGAAAUUGAAGAAUAUUUUAGAACUUUGCGGUUAUGACGCAAACCUGUAUAAUGGUCAUUCGUUCAGAUCUGGUGCCGCAACUAGUGCGGGGAAAGCACGCGUAGAAGAUCAUAUGAUCAAAGUACUUGGUCGAUGGAAAUCAGAUAGUUAUUGUAGAAUGUAGAUAUAUCAAGAUUUCCCAAACUUCUAUCAAAUAUGCUCAACAAAGUUUAACUGAGUCGUAAAUAUAUUUUUACAUUUGUAUAUACUCAUUGUGUUAUAUAGCUAUAGGAUUGUUUGCUUAUGUAAACAUAUUAAUACACUUUA